GGGGGCAAUGCUUUGGGGGCUGACGUCACAACUGUAGUUUGGGACCCUGCGACACACACGCGCACACGCGCAGCACCCAGCUUGAGUGACAGGGGAGGGAGCGCUGAGGAAUCAGCGAGCGCGUCAAGUCAGCAACAGGAGGGGAAAAGGGUGAAGAGUCCAACAGGCAGCAAAGGAAGGUGCCGCGUGUUGUGUCCAAAACGUCUGAAAAAGAAGGAAGAAAGAAAGAAAGAAAGAAAGAGAAAGAAAGACUGGUUGGUUGCGCAUAAGCCCAAAAGCCCUUCUUCUCGUUAGCGAACGACAGGAAGCGAGAUGGCCCCCAAGAAGAAGGCGCCGCGCCUGAAAAAAGCUUCUCCCGACGCCCUCGCCGAGGUGGCGGCGGAGGCCGAGCCGCCCGCCCUGAAGGUGGAGCGUCGCGGCGACGGCGUGGUGGUGGUGGUGGUGGAGAGCGCCGCCAAGAAGAUCGAGCAGAUGGCGGCGUUGGACGUCGCCCGGCUGGGCGGCCUCAACCUCGAGCCCGGAGAGCGCGGCCUGGGCCUGGGCAGCGAGCUGACGCGCCCGCAGCACGGCAACGCCACGCUGGAGGAGCUCAGCAAGAUGCGGCAGGAGAAGUUCCUGACCGAUCUGGAGCUGGGCUGCAAGACCAAGUCCUUCGACGUCCACAAGCUGGUCAUCUCGUCCGUCAGCCGCUACUUCCGGGAGAUCCUGGCCAAAGAUCCCGACGUGAAGCGCCUGGAGCUGCCCUCGCUCUCGCCUCUCGGGCUGGCCAACGUGAUCACGUUCGCCUACCUGGGCCGCGUGCACAUGUCGCUGUACACCAUCGGCUGCACGGCGUCGGCGGCGGCGGCGCUGCGGAUCCCGCAGCUGCUGGAGAUGUGCGGCGACUUCCUGCUGGCCGAGCUCAACGCGCACACGUGCGUGUACGUGUGGAACAUCGCCGCCGCCUACGGCCUGCUGCCCGUGUGCCACGCCGCCCGCCGAUUCGUGCUGGACAACUUCGCGCGCUUCGCCGACACGCCGCUGUUCACGCAGCUGACGGCGGAGCAGAUGUGCGCCUUCCUGGCCGACGACUCGCUGGGGCUGCCCUCCGAGCUCGACGCUUUCCAGCUGGCCACGAAGUGGCUGGACUCGGAGCCGUCGCGUCAGGCUCACGCCGCCGCGCUGCUGUCUCACGUGCGCCUGGAGAGCAUCCCGCCGGGCGAGCUGGUGAGCCGGGUGCAGACGGUGCCCCGCAUGAUGCGGGACCCGCAGUGCCACCGCCUGCUGGUGGACGCCAUGAACUACCACCUGCUGCCCCACCGGCAGAACGCGCUGCAGUCCGGCCGCACUCGGGUCCGGGGCAGCCGGCUCGCCCUGAUCGCCGUCGGCGGGCGGCCGUCCCUCACCGAACGCGCCCUCAGCCGCGAGGUGCUGUGGCGGGAGCCCCGCGAGGGAGGCGCCGCCUGGCGUCACCUGAGCCAGCUGCCGGCCAAGAGCUUCAACCAGUGCGUGGCGGUCAUGGACGGCUUCCUGUACGUGGCCGGCGGCGAGGACCAGAACGACGCCCGCAACCAGGCCAAGCACGCCGUCGCCACACUCCGCAGGUACGACCCUCGCUUCCACACGUGGCUCCACCUGGCCAACAUGCGCCAGCGCCGCACGCACUUCUCGCUGGCGGCCAGCGGGGGGCGCCUGUUCGCCACGGGCGGCCGUAACGCCGAGGGCCUGCUGGCCACGGCGGAGAGCUACCUGCCCUCGGCCAAUGCCUGGCAGAUGCGCGCCCCCAUGGAGGUGCCGCGCUGCUGCCACUCCAGCGCCACGCUGCCGUCGGGCGACAUCCUGGUGACCGGCGGCUACGUCAACUGCGCCUACUCGCGCUCCGUGGCCUGCUACGGCGUCGAGGGCGACGCCUGGACCGAGAAGCCCGCCAUGGAGACGCCCCGCGGCUGGCACUGCUCCGCCGCGCUGGGCGGCAAGGUGUACGUGGUGGGCGGCAGCCGGCUCGGGCCCGGCGGGGAGCGCGUGGACGUCCUGGCCGUGGAGGUGUUCUCCCCCGAGGGGGAGGGCGAGGGCGAGGGGGCGUGGAGCCGCGUCGCCCCGCUGCCCCUGGGGGUGAGCACGGCGGGCCUGUCGCCCCUGGGGCCCGACGAGCUGUGGCUACUCGGGGGCUGGAACGAGGCCGAGAAGCGCUACGAGGCCGCCGUCCAGACCUACGACCCGGCGACCGACAGCUGGGCCCGGGCGGAGGACCUGCCCGAGCCCACGGUGGGGGUGUCGUGCUGCGCGCUGGCUCUGCCGCCGCGCCACCCGCCGCGCCGCCAGCAGCACCGCAACACGCCGGCCCGCGACGAGGCCGGAAAGAACCGCGGCCGGGAGAGCAGCCCGCCGCCGGAAAGCGUCACGGCGUAGAGCGGACGUCUGCGCGGGACACGUGGUCCGGCAUCUCCUCUCUACGUCGUCGUACGAGCGCCAGACAAAAAGUCAAAGUCAGCACAAUUUCAUUCAGCCUACGAAGAAAUGGUCACGGUUUGUAGUUCGAAUCCUUGUUUGACGGUUUGUCCCUCAGCAGCAGAGAGCUGUGUUUGAAUUUCUUGCUCUGGAAAUGGACCCCCAGUUGCACAAUGUGUUUGGGGAAGUCGCCAAAAUAGGCUACGGCGCAGUCCAAACGGGAGUGUCCAGGCCCAAAGGCCGAGAACGAGAGCCUGCUUUGAGUGACGACCAUCUUGGGCACUUUAUCCUGGGACGAGCGCGAGGCUCUCGAUCCUGGACACCCACUUUUGACUGCGCUGUAGCCUAUUGUGGCUUGCCAAAACACAUUUUGCUACCUCUUCAAAAUGUUUAGCCACGAUUCUCCUUCCGAAGCAGGAAAUUCUGCUUCGGACGGACAUCGACAAUGACCUCAUUUCCAAAAUGGCUGACAGGAAGAGUACAGGCUUAAAACGUCCUUCAAACAAGUACAGCAUUUCAACUAUGAACAGUGAACAUUUCUGGAAAAAAAAUGUUCAAUUGUUAGCAGGUUAAAUGAAAUUGGGCUCAUUACUUUUUCACUCCCCCUCACCGUCCGUAAUCGGCGCGGAAAAGCAAAAGAAUUGCGCAAUUAGGGAAUGGUAACGUUUCAUUUCAUCUCACCAGACAAAGUAUCUCACAUGUGAGACACUUUUAACGAUGAAUAAAAUCCGUAGAGCUUGCGGGUUCCGGGGGACUGAAAAUGUUAGCAAUCGUAUUUUGGGGAACGAAACUCCCGAAAGUGAAGCGAGGAUGACGAAGGACAAAACGGGAAGAAGAUCUGUUAGCAUUUGGAAUGUUUCGUUGUCGUCUGUGAGGGGAAACGAGCCGCAAAACACGCAAGGAGCCAGUUUGUGUGUUGUUGUCAUCACAGCAGAUUACAUUUGAAAGGAAAAAGGUCAGGUCGUAAUAGAGGAAGAAUUAAGUCAUGCCAAAAAGAAAACGAUCCCAAAAAUCAUCUCAACUACAGUGAAUCCGCGAGACUCCAACAUGUUAAGAGCAAAAAAGCAAACACCGAACACGGGGUUAACGGUCGCCUUGUAUCCGAAGACUCGGCCGUCGUGUUUUGGGGGUUUCACGGAAUAAAAGCCAAAGUGAACAAAAA